ACGGUUUGAAAGGUCGUAAUUUGUGUUUUCUUACGUUUUCUUCGUGAUCUCCGCUCUUCUUUCUUGUUUCGUGAUCUGAUCAGUCAGUGUCGUAACACAACCAUGGCAGGCAAAGUCAUGCAAAGAAACCAGCUAGAUUUCACUGUUCCUAGUGAUCAGACGUAUAAACCAUAUCAGCAAGGUAUAAUUCAAAAAUCACUUUUUGCGGUUCCAAAUGAUGUCAUUCCAAAACAUGCACAUUAUCACCAAAAUCAGUUACAGUUCAAUCUUGAUGCUCCCGCGGACCCGACAAACCUGACAACGAGGAGUCUCAAACCAGGACCAAUUGUCAUUGAAAAGUUGGGCUCGCCACACAGGACUAGAGAUCAUAGACCACGUUUUUCCCCUUUGAAAUUUUCUGUCAUCUCCGAGGAUAAAAUGUCGCUUGCAAUGAGGCUGGUUAAAAGGGAUAUCAAAAGAAAACUACUAGGACAGGGAUUCAACAUUGCGCAAUAUCACGAGAUGGAAUCCCCUAAGAAGACAAAGGUCACAUACAGCAAGGAAUAUAAACAAAAACUCAAACAGAAAAAAGCAAAAGAAAAAACAAAAAGCUCUCAUGUAAAGCUUGAGGAGAGGUUUCGUGGAAGUGAUGUGAAGUCAUCUGAAACACAGACUUCAAGACCAAAGCUCAAAGACCGACAUCUACGGUCCACCAAGGUCAAAGACUCUGCAAAGGAGAACACUGUACAAGUUCAUAUGCAACGUCCAUACCAAUCCAGUAGAAUAGAUGGUGCAGCAUAUCCAGAAAGAGACACUGAUAGCCCAGCGACAAAACAAGCAAAGGAGAUACGACGGCUGAGGAAAGAGUUGAGGUACUAUAUUCAGAAGAUUGAUCAGCUGUCAACAAAAGAUGACACAGUUGAUGAAGACAAAAUACUCCCAGUAAAACCUGAUGUAACGAGUGAUGGUGAAAUGGCUGCCAGAAAGCUAUCUCGGCAGUCGGAGCAGGCGAGUAGGAACGCUAGAUUACUGUAUGCUCUUCAACAACAAGUUCGUGAAAUACAAGAUGAAUUAAUACAAACUGGACCAGAUAGUGUCAGUCAUUCACAAAAGAGUCGUACAUUGACGAGGCUAGCAGCAGCACAUCGCGGGGCAGUAAGAGCAUUGCAAACCUUCAUUCACCAUAUGCCAUCACAUCCCGAUAGUAAAAGUGGAUUACCAAAGGUGUACAAUGAACUGUCUGCACUCAUCAAGCAACUAUCCAUGGUAUGCGCCCAGCUGGAGAUUGGUGAAUCAGGUGUUCCGGAUAUGAUAUUGAAGGUUCCAAAAAACGAACAUGAGUUAUUCAGUCACCAGCUGCGUUCCCCAUCGUUCAUAUCAGACAGUGAUUUUAUGAGCAGCAAACACGGCUCUAGAAGGCAACUACUGGGUGACUUCCAUGACAGUCAGUUUAAUAGCCAUCCUGAGAGGGAACUAUGGGAAGGGAGAAAUGACUGGCUGAGAGAAAGGGUGAAGCAGAAGAAGAAGAAAAAUAAAAAGAAAACCAAACAAAUCAAGUCAACUCCUUUAGUUCAAGAAACCUUGUACCAAAGGCCGGGGAUAAAAACAGUAGACAGACUACGACAAGAUGUCGCCAGGCAAAGAGCGGAAUCUCAUGACACGCCAGAACGUGAUGCCGCUAUCAGAGCUGGCAUAGCAGCUUUGUUGAGAGCAGCUGAUGAGUCAGGAAGAAGGGAGCCACCAAAACCAAGAAAGUCUCAGGCCAAAUAUGCAGCAACUAAACAUAAACCAGUGCAGAGUUCACAUCCAACAGUGUUCAAACCAUCUACAGACAAAACCAGUGUAUUAUUACCACAAAACCUUAGGUUUAAGAAAACCAUCAAACCAACCAUCCCUGAUAUUGACCAUCCACACUUCACAGAAGCCACUGUGGCUUCCAAAAUGAAAGUGAAGACAGUGCAUAGGGAACCGUAUACAGAGGUGCCUGACCCAAGACCAAUAUGGUCCCCACCUGGUAGUCCUAGCAGCAAAGCCAAAGGUGUCAGACCUGUGGGUGAAUUGAGUCUCUUAGGGGAUCUUGGCUCCGGUAUUAGAAGCCCAAGACGUUUGUGCAUGGAUCCAAGUAUUGGAAUGUCUCCCGUUAAACACACUUACAAAAACAAAGAAGCACUGACUGAUGCCGAGGAAACGCUCAAAAAUAAAUUACAGCCUAUAUUAGACCAAGCGGAUGAAAUAGCGGACAAGUAUCGAGAAUUACAACGUACUACUCAACAAUCAUUGAGAUAUAAUUUAUCAGAGAGGGCUUCACAAGCAGCUGCUGCUAACGCAGAACUGCUGAGUGAAAUGUUACUUGAGGAUAUACUCUUAGAUACUGCAAAGGAAUUUCAGAAAAUAGAGAAUGACAAUGAAAUGGAACAGAGAGCUAUCGCGAUACAGGAAGCGCCAACAGUAGAGAAUCUUCUACAGAGACUGGAAAGGAUGGAGACGGAAGAGGACAGAAUAAGACAACGAUGGAACCAAGUUCAAUAUGUAGAUCCAGAAAAGCGUCAUUCAUUGACAACCACUGACAGACAAAAUGUGCCAUCGAGCACACUUGUGUACUCUCAGCCGGAACCUAUACAUAUGUCAUCUAAAAGAGCAGAUUAUGUUGCCACGGCAACUGAUGAAGAAGAUGACGGUUUGAAUAUUAAACCAGUCGAUGGAGACAGACUAGAGAGAUGUACUGACGAUGAGGUGCCAAUGUAUACAUCAUUACACUUCAGUCGACUUCAGCCAGAAUUGUCAAAGCAUGCUCAAAGCAAAGAUAAAAGGCAGGUGAAAGAUGACAAUACUGAGCAAAAAAAAAACUUGAUUCCGUUGUUUUUACCAAGUGAAUCAAUGCAGCGAAUCAAUGACUAUCGAGAGAAAUUUGAUGAUCAUUUGAAGAGGACAUCAACUCAAUCAUAUGGCAGUUUUGAUCCAUGGAAACUUGUAUCUGAACUUGCAGAUGAGAUUGUAGAUGAUCUGUUUGAUGCAGUUACCAAGGAGAUGGGUGAUGUUUGUGAGUCAUAUGUGGAUGGUGUAUACACUGCAGAGUUCAAUAAAGAAUAGGAAUUUUAUUAUUGCAUGACAAAUAUGUAGUUGAUUUUAGACUGUCAUCAUGCACUUCAGUGAUCUGUAAUUAUCAUUCACACGGCUGUACAAAACUCUUUGCAGUGUCAUAUCAAAUUUACAUUAUUGUGCCAUAGGCAGGAAAUGCAAAGUCAAAAGCAGAAGUAACAAUUGAUUGCAGCGUCAAAUAGCUUAUAAAUAUUUGGCCCUUGUAUUCUUUUCUCUCCCAUUGUCAUAACCACUGUUCUCCAGAUCUCUCAAACCACAAUAUGAGGGGAAAUGAGAGAAUAAAAUGCUAUUUCGGUCCAAAACAAGUCUUGUGGCUAUAUGGUUUAUUGACACAUAAACACUAAUAUUAAUAACAUCAAUCAAUGCUUUCAUCUGUAGAUUGGUUUUACUUAAUUCAGUAGUACACAGAUUAAUAAUCAUAGGUUGUAUAUGAAAAAGAACAUGUACUAGGUUGAAUGCGAAGGUCAAAGUUUGUGAACCAUAUGUACCUCACACAUAUUUAUAACUACCUUAUUAUUUAUCAUUCAUUCUUUGUUUGUAGACAGUACAAU